AUGCUGCACUGCGGCGAUGGCACAGUUCAACCAAACCUCCUCCCUCCUCCGCCCACUUCGACGUUAAGGCCACCUCCUUUCUCGGUUGUGAUUGGCAAGACGGGCGGAGCCCUUCGCGGCGAUUGGCGGCUGCUUGAGGGAGGUGGGAGGAGAUCGGCAGCCCCCGCUAGGCGCGGAAGGGAAGCUAAGCAGGAGCGUUUGAGGUUUUGUUUUUCCCCACCCCGUCAAUUUAAUUUUAUUCUUUUGAAGAUUCUUCGUUGUCAAGCCGCCAAAGUGGAGAGUGCGAUUGCAGAAGGGGGUGCUUCUCGUUUCAGUGCUUCUUCAGGCGGAGGAGGUGGUAGGGGUGCACCUCAGCACUAUCCCAAGACUGCCAGCAACAGCGAGUUCCUGGGGAAAACCCCAGGGCAAAACGCUCAGAAAUGGAUUCCUUCACGAAGCACUAGACGAGAUGACGACUCCGCAAAUGACAAAGAACGACAUGAUGCAAUCUUCAGGAAAGUAAGAGGCAUACUAAAUAAGCUUACUCCUGAAAAGUUUGACAAGCUAUGCCUUGAGCUCCUCAAUGUGGGUGUAGAAUCUAAGCUCAUCCUAAAAGGGGUCAUACUGCUGAUCGUAGACAAAGCCCUUGAAGAGCCCAAGUAUAGCUCACUGUAUGCUCAACUAUGUCUGCGACUGGCAGAAGAUGCACCCAACUUUGAUGGCCCAUCAGCAGAGAGUCAUCCAGGACAGAAGCAAAGCACAACAUUCAGACGCCUCCUAAUAUCUAAACUUCAAGAUGAAUUUGAAAACCGAACCAGAAAUGUUGAUAUCUAUGAUAAGCAUGAUGGUCCCCUCCUCCCUGAGGAGGAGGAACAGAGAGCCAUUGCCAAGAUCAAGAUGCUGGGGAACAUCAAAUUCAUUGGAGAACUUGGCAAGCUUGAUCUUAUUCAUGAAUCUAUCCUUCAUAAGUGCAUCAAAACACUUUUGGAAAAGAAGAAGAGAGUCCAACUCAAAGAUAUGGGGGAGGAUUUGGAGUGCCUCUGUCAGAUAAUGAGGACAGUGGGACCUAGAUUAGACCAUGCAAAAGCCAAGUCCUUAAUGGAUCAGUACUUUGCCCGUAUGCGCUCCUUGAUGUCAAGUAAGGAAUUGCCAGCAAGGAUUCGUUUCCUGCUGCAGGAUACUGUGGAGUUGAGAGAACACAACUGGGUUCCUCGCAAAGCUUUUCUUGACAAUGGACCAAAGACUAUCAAUCAAAUCCGUCAAGAUGCAGUAAAAGAUCUGGGAGUUUUUAUUCCUGCUCCUAUGUCUCAAGGGAUGAGAAGCGACUUCUUUCUGGAGGGACCCUUUAUGCCACCCAGGAUGAAACUUGACAGGGACCCACUUGGAGGGCUUGCUGAUAUGUUUGGACAAAUGCCAGGUAGCGGAAUUGGUACUGGUCCAGGGGUUAUUCAGGAUAGAUUUUCACCCACCAUGGGACGCCAUCGUUCAAACCAACUUUUCAAUGGCCAUGGGGGUCACCUCAUGCCUUCUGCUCAAUCCCAGUUUGGCGAACUAGGCAAAUCUUUUCUGAAAAGUCAGGGGCAAAGCCAGCUCUACCAUAACCAGAAUCAGGGACUCUUAUCCCAGCAACAAGGACAGUCGAAGGAUAUGCCACCUCGGUUUUCUAAGAAAGGACAGCUUAAUGCAGAUGAGAUUAGCCUGAGACCUGCUCAGUCUUUUCUAAUGAAUAAAAACCAAGUGCCAAAGCUUCAGCCCCAGAUAACUAUGAUUCCUCCCAGUGCUCAACCACCACGCACUCAGACGCCACCUUUGGGACAGCCUCCUCAACUUGGUCUUAAAACAAAUCCACCGCUUAUACAAGAAAAGCCUGCAAAGACUACCAAGAAACCACCUCCUUCUAAAGAAGAGCUACUUAAACAAACUGAAGCGGUUGUGACUGAAUAUCUGAACAAUGGAAAUGCUAAUGAUGCUGUCAAUACUGUGAGAGAAAUGAGAGCUCCAAAACACUUCAUUCCUGAGAUGCUGAGCAAAGUAAUCAUUCAAUCCCUAGAUAGAUCAGAUGAAGACAAAGAGAAAGCAAGUACUUUGAUCAGCUUGCUCAAGCAGGAGGGAAUAGCCACAAGUGACAACUUCAUGCAGGCAUUCCUGAAUGUAUUGGACCAGUGCCCCAAACUGGAGGUAGACAUCCCAUUGGUGAAAUCCUACUUAGCACAGUUUGCAGCCCGUGCCAUUAUUUCAGAACUGGUGAGCAUUUCCGAACUGGCUCAACCACUGGAAAGUGGCACCCAUUUCCCUCUCUUCCUGCUUUGCCUUCAGCAGUUAGCUAAGUUACAAGAUCGUGAAUGGCUAACAGAAUUGUUCCAACAAAGCAAAGUGAAUAUGCAGAAAAUGUUACCAGAAAUUGACCAGAACAAGGACCGCAUGCUGGAGAUCUUGGAAGGGAAGGGGCUUAGCUUCUUGUUUCCGCUUCUGAAACUGGAGAAGGAACUGCUAAAGCAAAUAAAAUCGGAUCCAUCCCCUC